GCAUCGUUAGGGCUACUUUCCAUUUCUCUCUUCGCGGCUUCCUCCGUUUUUCACGCCCUCUGCGGAUCGCCUCUCCUCGUUGGCGUAUUCUUUUCAUUUGCAUAACCAAAAGGCUUUGCCAUUAUUCUUUUCACUUCUUUUGCUAUCAUCAUAGAACAAUCGAACUAUCACUAUUCAAUGUCGGCUAUCAAUCUUCCAACAUCUUGCCUGAUUAAAAGUGCUACACCAAGGAGAUCCUGUGCCCUUGUGCAGAGGCCAUCUUCUUUGCGUUCUGUUAGGAGUGUAUCCCGGGCAUUUGGAUUGAAGUCUUCUUCAUUCAAAGUGACAGCAAUGGCUACUACUUACAAAGUGAAAUUGAUUGGACCAAACGGUGAAGAGAAUGAGUUUGAGGCCCCUGAUGAUGCUUACAUUCUGGACUCAGCUGAGGAUGCUGGAUUGGAUCUACCUUACUCUUGCAGGGCUGGAGCUUGCUCUACUUGCGCCGGUCAAGUUGUUUCUGGGACAGUGGACCAAUCAGAUGGAUCGUUCUUGGACGACAAUCAAAUGGAGAAGGGUUAUGUCCUGACCUGCGUUGCAUACCCACAAUCCGACUGUGUCAUCCACACGCACAAGGAAGGUGAUUUGUACUGAUUUCUUUGUUUAUGUGUAUUUUUAUCGUUCAAGUCUGAUUGAAAUUCAAUCAUGCCAAGACUACAAUAACUGUGCUCGUGUACUAAUGCGAAUUUUAUGUCACCGGUUUUGCAAAAUUGAACAUUAUUCAUUUAUAAUGAUCUUUUAAGUUUCCA